GGUGGCACGCGGUGCGGUGCGGUGCGGUAUUAUGCGGCCUGGUCGCGGCACGACAAGGUAAUGCGAGGUGAGUAGAAUAUUUAUAAACGGGACGGAAGCAUAACUAGACCACCAGUUACCGUUCGGAAGCGGCCGCACGCGGAAUAGCCUCCCCCCACCUCAAUAGCCAGCCAAACCAGCCAGCCAGCCAGCGCACUCCAGCAUCAACGCAUCAAACGCACGAAGUAAAAACAACAAGAUCAUCGGUCCAUCGGCCCAUCGACAAACACACGCGCGCGCGUGCAGUGAAGUGCCCCGGGGAGUGAAGUUUUCUCGUUGCCCACAAUUCGGUCAAACCGCCCAGCGCUCUUAUCAGUCCAGGCCCAGCGAGCCUUAUCGUGAGCCCCCGAUACUUGCAGCGCGGCCCAGCAUCUCAGUAGUAGUGCUUCGCCCAUCUCCAGUAGUGCCACUAAACCCUCUACAAGGGUUCUGUCAAUCAAUCGGCGAUCGCGCCUCGCGGCGGUGAUAACACCCUCCCUGAUUCGAGUUCAAGCUCCUCUAGAGCGUCCAAGAAGAGUGUGCAGUGCUGCAGCCAGCCUCCCGCCUCCACCCAAUCAAAUCCUCAAAUCUCCCCCGAGUGCUUGGCGUCAAGUGUCCAGGUCCAGGUCCAGGAUGUCUCAGCGGAUCAGCAAUAUCCCGCGCCGCCAGGCCAUACCGAUACUGUACACGCGCGGUACACACUACGAGGUCGGCUACGAUGUGGGACGUACGUUUGCGGCGAUCAUCAAGAACUUUCUGCAACUGUCCGGACCGCUGAACGAGACGUACCUACCACUGUACAACACCGAGGAGGGUCGUAAGGUGUACAAUGCCACACUGGAGAGCGUGAAGCGAUCGUUCCCGCAGUACGUCCGCGAGCUCGAGGGUACGGCAGACGGGGCCCAGGUCGAGUUCCAUAAGCUGUUUCUGCUGCAUCUGGACGAGAUCCUGCCGGUUGCGGUCGAUGGUACCAACAGCAUCAAUCAACCGAUCGGUUGCUCCACGAUCUGCGUGAACGAACCGGACUGCGAAAUACUUGCUCACACCGAGGAUGCACUGUCGGAGGUGCUGAACCACUACUACUUCGUGUCGGCGCACAUCGUCUCCGAUAGUCCGCAGGGUAAGUAUAAUGUGAUCGAGGAGCGGUUCACCUCGCUGUGCUACGCCGGUCACCUGCCGGGCUACACGAUGAACUACAACCACCACGGGCUGGUGUUCUCGAUCAACACGCUCAGCGCCCGGUCGCUGGUCAGCGGCAAAACCCCCCGCCACUUUAUUACGCGAGCUCUGCUGUCGGCUGAGAACUUCAUUCAAGCACAACAGAUUCUGCGCGAUAAUGGUGUGGGUGCCGCCGAUGGUUGCUCCAUCAAUAUGACGUUCCUGAGACAGGAGGGUGACCGGUUGUUCCACAACGCCGAGAUGGGCCCGGCGACGGUUGGCGCGGACCAGUCGCACCUGAACAUCUUCACCGCCAGCCCGGGCGAGUCGAUCAUCCACGCGAACAAGUACCUCCGGCUGCCGGUACCGGAGAUGACCGGGCUGAUCAUCGACUCGAGCAUCGAGCGGAUGAAGACGUUCGGGGGCUUCCAGGCACCGAAGACCGUACACGACGUGAUCCGGAUGCUGGGUGACACGAGCGCCCGGGAUCACGCGGUGUUCCGCGAGAGCGGACCGAAGGACGUAAUUAAGACGGUCUGUGUCGGCAUCUUCGACUGCAUCAAGCGCACCUGGACGCUCUACUCGGACAAUCCCAAGUUCAAUGCACCGCUCGUGGUGCUGCCGCUGACGCUGAGGGAGCACUAGAGCAACCCCCCCCCCCCCUCGAUCCGGUGGUGGUGACACGCUCAACGAAUCCCCCACACUUGUUACUUAUUUAUUGUGCACCCGAAUCCCGAACACCCCCCCAAAUCCUAUUUUAUUCCUUUGUUUUAUUGUUGUACCGCCAGUAUUGCUUCCCGGUCCCCCCUUGGGCUGAAAAGGGAGAUGUUCCGGGUCCUAGCCCCACGAACUUGCACACGAACAAAUCUCACGCUGUUCGCACGCUUGUGUCCUCCGCCGAGCUGAGCACCAGCUGCCAGCAGCUCAACACCGCAACACCGCAACACCUACCCUUACCAGAGCAUUUGGCGGGUACGGUGGCGACGAACGACAACCUAAUCCUCGACCCCCUUUCACGUGACAGUGGAUCGAACCGAACCGAAGAGGGGGGAGUAGGGGGUGUCUGAUGUCAUUCCGCGAUCAAUUACUUCCCACGAAAUUCAAAUCGGCUACGAAGCCGAGCACUAAAAGCAGAAAUAAACUGAAAUGUAAAAACGAUAACACGCAGAGGCUU